GCGCACAAAGUUCUCCUGCGAGGUGUCUUCCCUGUCGCGAUCUUUUUGUUUGAAAGGAUUACAGGAAAUCAAUGCAUGCAAUUGUUCAUCUGGAGCUUCCUCGAUUUCUGUUGGAAUGAGUUACCCGAUUUGGACAAUUUCUUUGGGUGUGUGGCGGUUCUCCACACCAACUUUAAUUGAUUUUUGUCUCACGUUAUAGUGCAGCAGCUGAGCAGUGUCAGGUGUAAUUUUCGCUCCAGUUUUAUUACAGACGUAUAUCACUGGUGAUAUUCAUGAAAACUGCGGAUCACACUCUGACGGAAUAAAACUACGGUAAUUCUUUGCCCUAUCUGCACUCACAGCAUAGGGCCUUCUUCGUCCGCUGAGAACACUACGGUAACCAGAGAUAAUUUGAUGCUUACGACACGCGGCAGUGCCUGCAGUUAGCGACCAUCAUCAUACCACCAUUAAGUUGUAAGUGUGUCAACCUGGGAGAUAAUUAUCUGUCUAGAUUUCUGUUCAAGGUUGGCGGAACGUUUUGCACCUUUUUGAUUCGACUCAGUGCAUGAUACGCAUUGCAUCUCAAACCGCAUUAUUACAAAAUUCACUACCAAAUGACUUCAGUUUUUCAGAGCGAGGAUUCUUAAAAAACAUCAAUUCAGUCUAUUAAGGAUAAAAUACAAGGGAUAGUUACGUAUCCAAAAGGCUCUUUAGUGUAAGCAAGGAAGUGUUGCAUCUGCUGGAUUUUUCAUAUUAUGAGCAACUGGGUAACAAUUAACAACCAGCAAUAUGUCUACGAUGGCGGCUACCCCGCUUUAUACGGAGAUAACUUCGGAUUACAAUGAGAGUGACCCCAACUCAACCGCGGAGUAUGAUGACUACGGCGGCGGUGGGAUGGCCAUUGACAGCAUAUUCCUGGACCUGACGGCAGCGAUUAUAUAUUCUUUAACCUGUAUUAUAGGGAUUAUAGGAAACUCCCUAGUCAUAUUCGUUGUUUUUCGUUAUGCAAAAAUGAAAACCGUCACAAACUUAUACAUUUUGAAUUUGGCCAUUGCAGAUGUCUUGUUUCUCAUUGGCAUUCCUUUGAUGAUUGUGACGAUGAUGGUAAAGACGUGGGUGUUUGGCUACCAUAUGUGUAAAAUAUUCUUCAUAUUGACUUCUGUGAACUGGUUUACAAGUAUGUUUACUUUGACUGUAAUGAGUGCUGAUCGGUACAUGGCUGUCUGUCACCCCGUGACAUCAAUGCGCUACAGAACACCUAUGAUUUCAAAAAUAGUUUGUGUGAUUGUUUGGGGGUUGUCGCUACUGGUAAUGAUGCCUAUAAUGCUGUACACUAAAACCGCCCCACGCGGCGAAAAUAUUCUAGCAUGUACGAUAUCCUGGCCGAGCGGACAACCUAUUCCUCCGGACAAAGCCUUCAUAUGGUAUACAUUUCUUCUGGGAUUCGCAAUUCCUACAGCCUUGAUAAGCGUGUUCUACUUUUUAGUAAUCACCCGUCUAAGAACAGUCGGACCAGUAAAAAAGUCUAAAGAACGCCGUAGAUCGCACCGAAAAGUUACGAGACUAGUUUUAACUGUUAUAGCUGUAUAUUUCUUUUGCUGGGUCCCAUACUGGAUUUUCCAAGUUCACCUUACUUUUGCCUCGCCAUCGUUUGGCGUAAAUGAUAGCUGGAAGAUAUACGUUUUUCAAGUGAUUACCAUCCUUAGUUAUGCGAACAGUUCACUGAAUCCUAUUCUGUAUGCAUUUUUUUCGGAUAACUUCAGGAAGAGUUUCUUAAAGGCCUUCAAGUGCGCUGGAGCAGCAGAAGCAAAUAGUGCGCUAACAGUAGAAACGAGUGUGUUCCCGAGACGCGCCAACCAGAACUCGAAUAAGAGUGUUGCACAGGACCCGCCUUCUGACUGCGAUGAUAUGGAGCUGACAAGGCUUAAUUCUAAUUCCAAUAACAAGGAGCCUGUGCACACGCAGGUAUCCUGUACAAAACCGAAAGGCUGUUGUAACUGUACCAAGUGACUAGUGGUAAUGAGAUGCGAUGUAGACCGAAGGAAGGACGAUAACUUACUUUGAGUUGCCUCUCAGAACUGUGAAGAAGUCACAAUAGUACGCUACCAUGUCCAUCUCAGCUGAGCCUCAACAACAUUAGUCUGAUAAAUGCGCAUUCGUUAAUGAAAUACAAUUAUUACGUUAUUUCACAACGUGCCUGAUAUACAAACAUUAUAAAGCCAAGACGUUGACCUCUUUCCAUCGCUGCCGAGAGCUUGGAGGACGCGUUGGUGCUCCGUCUCUUACCGAAUCAUGUGUCUCUUGUACAUACAUAUAUAAACACCAUGUAUCGAUGUUAAUGUACGAUUCCUAAUCCUGACGAAGCUACUGAAGUGAGUGUUUUGUGGAUAUUGUUUCAUAACCGACACCGGGGUGACUUUAAGGCGCAGCAACGUGAAGUGGUUGUUCUGAGGUUUAGAUGAAUAUAUAAGAGACGAUUGUAAAAUUCAAAAGGAUAGCUUAUACCCUUUUAGAAAAAUGAACCAGGAUGAUGGAAUCGCCGAUGUGGUUUGAAGGAUAUCUCAUCUUUGGAGAUCGCCUUGUACAGGAUCAGACAACUAUAGUAAAAACUGUGUUGGAAAUUAAAGGUUACCUAUGGUGAGAAUGCACCCAAAGGAUACGGAGUGCUCAUCUAGGGACUAAAAGCUAAUAUGGAAUUAUGUCCCUGUUGCCUUGGUGAUAAUCAACGCUAAAUGCUGUUAUCUAGAGAGUAUGGAGCGGAAAUGAUCACAAGUCACGACGAUGAGAUUAGCUGAAAAUGUUCGAGGCAGAAGGAAAUUGAAUUUAAAGGAGUAUAAACUAAUUGAGAGUAAAAUAACGUUAUACGAUCAAAAACGAACUAUUUAUCCGACACGUUCCAGGUUCCCGGUUUUAACCAAUAAAAGCCUCGGUGAUGGCCCCGGCUCCAUUAAUGGACGGGGAAAAACGCAACAAUGAGCCUUACAGGAUUCUACUGGCGUAUCACAUUAGUAUCUUGUCGCCAUGACCACUCAUGCACUUAUUUGAGGAUGUGUCAACUCCAGCGGGAACGGCAACAAGAAAGCAUUGGGCAUUUGUCCCUCUCAAUUAGAACUGGCGAAAUGUACCAGAGAGUGGGUCUCUGUCCUUGAAUAAUACCCAUUACAUCCCUCACUUGAUGACAUGUAUGUGGCAAGCAGAAGAAGGUUUUUCAAAUAACGAUGUUCACGCAGUUAUGCUGCGGGUGUAAUCACGCUGGUCAACCGUAUGAGUAGCCUAUAUCUAAAUGACAUUUUCUUAGUCAAAAUGUUUCGAAAUUGGCAAGCGUUGCCUUAUUACUGUGUGAAUGAGUACAUUGAUGCUGUCCGAGUACAUUGAUGCUGUCUAUGUAUAUAAUCAUUGUGCACGUAUGAUGCUGUUGCCUCUUUUCAUAAAUGAGUUACUCGGCUCUGGUUUGAACAUUUCUAUACUCAGUUUAAGGUACUGAGAGUUGUAUGUCGAUGUAGUUAAGGAAUAUAUAUUUGUGUUGUUGUUAAGCAUGAAAAUAUCAUUAGAAAUAAAUUGUAUAGGAUUCGUUAAGUAAGGAUCUUGUUCUAA